GGCCGAUUUCUUCGUUUUUUGAAGAAGAAAACUAGGACAAUCCUAGCAUUAUCGAUCACAAGAAAGGAAACAAAGGUAACAAAGCAUUUGAUAUCCCUAGGUAUAGUUAGAAAGGCCUUGGAUACAUAUCAGAGCAUUAGCAAGUGCUGGUUGUUCAUAAAUUUCCUACCACUUACAAGAUCUGAUAACCUCGAGUCGAAGAUUCGCGAAUAUAAAACAUUUAAUCAAACAAAAAUGUUCUCAUUUUACUCAUUUCAUAAUAUUAUCACAAUUAAUUUUAAAAUUACCUUCGCAAUAAACGAUAAUUUCUACGACAGUUCCCUGCCGCACAGUUCC